AUCUUGAUAUAAUGCGUAGUUAAAAGGCAGCAAUUGGUAGGUUGGGACGGGAGCCUGUGGUGGUUCAGCCUCAGACGGCAACAAGGAACCACGCAGCUGCUCUCUCAAACCCCUACAGCCGUGGGGGAGAAUUGGAAGAAAAAGCAAAACUCGUGGGUUGAGACAAAGGCGGUUUAACGGGACAGCAAAGGGAACAGGAAAACAACAACAACAACACGGACAGUGGAACGUGCCCCUGCUGAUUGACAGUUGACGGCACCACCGCUCACCCACCGGACCGGGGACAGCCCAGCCCUCUCCCAACUGGUGACUUCCCAACCCCUCCUCUGGCAGCCCCUGGCUACCGACUGGGCGGGCUCCCAGGAGAUGGAAUACCCGUGCCCCUGCCGGAGCCUGGGGAAAAUUAACCCUAUCCAUACUGGAACUAGGACAAGCUGAAGGGGGUCGGGGGAUGUCUCCCAAGGUGGGUGCAGCUCUGAAACGGCCCGGGCAGCUGGGAGGAGGAGGGGAGGUGCAGGCCCAGGGCACAGGACAAAGGCGGGCAGGAGCCAGGCUGCAGCAAAGCUCUUGCAGCCCAGGGCAGGCGACGAAGACGACGCGCUUGCAAUGGGGAAAAAGAGGAGGCAGGUGGAAGGUCCCCACCGUGUUAACCGUCCCAUCUUGUAGUCUCCUCUCCAGGCUGUGUUUGCCGUCAGCAAUGGCAUCUGAAAUCCACGUGCCGGAGCCCGUGUGCCUCAUUGAGAACACGCGGACGAAGGGGCUGGUGGUCCAGCAGGAGGCCCUGCAGGUGCUGUCAGGGAUCACCCAGCCCGUGGUGGUGGUGGCCAUCACAGGGCUGUACCGCACUGGCAAGUCCUACCUCAUGAACAGGCUGGCUUGUCAGAGGAAAGGUUUCUCCUUGGGCAGUGGUGUGCAGUCCCACACCAGGGGUAUCUGGAUGUGGUGUGUACCUCACCCGUGCAAGCCUGGACACACUCUGGUGCUGCUGGACACGGAAGGGCUGGGUGAUGUGGAGAAGGGUGACAUGAAGAACGACAUGUGGAUCUUUGUGCUGACCGUGCUGCUCUCCAGCACCCUGAUCUACAACAGCAAAGGCACCAUUGACCAGCAAGCCGUGGACCAGCUGCACUAUGUGAUGAAGCUGACUGAGCAGGUCAAGUUGAAAGCAGCACCCGAGCAGAGCGAAGAUGAACUGGAGGAUUCAGAAAACGUUGCCCCCAUCUUCCCGACUUUUGUGUGGACGGUCCGGGACUUCACACUGCAGCUGGAGGUGGAUGGGAAGGAAAUCUCUGAGGACGAAUACUUGGAGAAUGCACUCAAGUUAAAGGCUGGGAGCAGCCCAGAGACCCAACGCUACAACCAGCCCCGGGAAUGCAUCUGCCAGUUCUUUCGGGAUCGCAAGUGCUUUGUUUUUUACCAGCCGGCCCACAGGAGGGACCUGGUUCGCUUGGAGGAGCUUCCGGACGAUGAGAUCGAUUGUGAAUUCCAGCAGCAGGUGGAGAAAUUCUGCAGCCACAUCUGGGAAAAGUCUCCGCCUAAGACCAUCCCUUGCGGCCGCACCAUAACAGGGACCCUGCUGGGGAAACUGGCAGAGAGCUACGUGGAGACCAUCCGGAGCGGGGCAGUGCCAUGCCUGGAGAGCGCGGUGCUCGCCCUGGCAAAGACUGUAAAUGCAGCGGCAGUGAAAGAGGCUGUGACGUUGUACCAGGACCUGAUGGAGCGGCGGGUGAAGCUGCCGACGGAGACGGUUCAGGAGCUACUGGAUCUGCACACCCAGUGCGAGCAGGAGACGCUGGAGCUGUUCCAGAAACAGGCGUUCGAGGAGGAGAUCUGCUCUUUCCUGGCAGAUCUUACAUGCCAGGUGGAGGCAAUCAAGGACAAGUUCUGCAGGGACAACGAGCAGGCGUCCCGUGAGAAGUGCGAGGCCGCGCUCAGGGACCUCUUCCAGGACUUGGACAGAAAAAUCACCGAUGGUGUCUACAAUGUGCCGGGGGGUCACCAGCUGUUCGAAGGAGACCAGCAGGCGCUGUUGGAGAAAUAUGGGGAACUGCCUGGCAAGGGGGUGAUGGCUGAUGCCGUCCUGCAGGAGUUCCUCCAACGCAGAGAGGCUCUGGACAAGAACAUCCUCAACAUAGACCUCGCCCUGGAAAAGAAGGACAAGGAGCUGAAAGAUGUGCAACAGCAGUAUGAGAAGGCUCAGCAGGAGUGGGAUGCCCGGUGGAAGCAGGAGGCUGAAGACAAGCAGAAGUUGCAGGACAAGUUGCACAGCACCGAAGAAGAGGUGGCUCGUCUGAGAAAGAAGCUGGAGGAUCAGCCUAAGAAGCGGCGGGAGGAGCACCCGAAGACCAGCAAACGUAAAUCGAAGGAAGAGAGCGGCUGUUCCAAUGGUGGCUUCGGUGGGAGUGGUGGCCCCUUUGGACGGGGUCCGGGACCCUUUGGUGGUAUAGGCGGUGGCUUCGGUGGGAGUGGUGGCCCCUUUGGACCGGGUCUGGGACCCUUUGGUGGUAUAGGCGGCGGCUUUGGACAGAACCAGGGAUAUGGCAAUAAUACUUUCAACUGGAAGGAGUUAGUGUUACCAGUAGCGUCACUUUUGGCUUGUGUGGCAAUUGCGGUAUUACGCAUGAAGUUAUGAUGAAGAUUUUCUUUAAACCCCUCUAGUAACAAGGGAAGAGAGGUGUGUAGUGUCCCCGCGUAGAAUUCUGUUAAAUUUUUGAAGCUUUUCCUGCAAGAUGCUUGCCACGGAGUGCAGAAGUGACCGCCCUGUUUGCUUGGACCGCUCUAUCUGCUAUGUUCAUGUAUGUCUCCUCCGGGAGAAGAUGUUCUCCUCUUCCCUCCCAGAGCACCUGAUCUCUCACUCCAUCUGAAGGCACAGGGAACAUCUAAAGCCGGGGUGGCUUGGGGCACAGAAAGGCCAACAGACAGGUCUGGGAGCAUUUUGCCCGUCUCAGAACACGUCACGGAGGAACGUAGCACACCUCGUGUAGAGACCUCCUCACCAGGGCUACGGGAAACAUGACCAGCGAGGUUUAUGCCCGCUGGCUGAUAUCCUAGGGUCGCACUUUCUGCAGCUGCGGGAAGUAGCACGGAGGUUGUGAGUAAACCAGGAAUCCACGUGGUGAGCGCGACCUGGUUUGCUUGGCGUCAGUCCCGGGCAGAGUGACCCAGAAGCAGUGAGCCCGCGACCCAGGGAGCAGUGGGUGAAAGGCAUCCUCUGCAAUGGAGCUUUUCCCACCCAAGGCUCUUCUCACUUUGAGCACUGACCCUGCUCGGCGAGCAAGGUCCUGGGGAACCUCCCGGGGACAAAGCCCGGGCUCUGCUCCUCCACCUGCUGUUGUGCCGGGGCUGUUUUCCCUGCCGAGCCCUCACACCGUGAGACUGUCUCCCUCCACUGCCACAUUCUAGUCAAAUUAUUGACAUGAUCUGUUUCAUCUUUCGCCAAACUUUAAUAUAUAAAAUGGCUACAAGCAAUAAGCACAAUAAAGUUAAAUCUAAGAAAACUACUCCUGAAUGUAACAUUGAAUUCAAAGCUUCGGUUCCUGUUGGUGACCAUCCCAGGAGAGUUUGCCAUCAGGGAUGUUCUUCCUCUUUCUCAGACAGUUUGUACACAUUCCAUUGGAGGUGUGUGUGUGGUAGGCGAUUAAUCUUGAUAUAAUGCGUAGUUAAAAGGCAGCAAUUGGUAGGUUGGGAUGGGAGCCUGUGGUGGUUCAGCCUCAGACGGCAACAAGGAACCACGCGGCUGCUCUCUCGAACCCCUACAGCCGUGGGGGAGAAUUGGAAGAAAAAGCAAAACUCGUGGGUUGAGACAAAGGCGGUUUAACGGGACAGCAAAGGGAACAGGAAAACAACAACAACAACACGGACAGUGGAACGUGCCCCUGCUGAUUGACAGUU